AUGGAUAUGCUUGGACUUGUGACUGCGGGAGAUACAGUGAUGUCCCCCGUGCGUCCUGGUGUAGAGCGCGUGGAGCAGCCUAAGGUGGGCUCUCCUUCUGCACUGUUUGAAGAGACUGAGGUGAAGUCCCUGGUACGUUCUCCCUGUGAUGCGCGCAUGGAUGUGCGCAUUGCUUGUUUAAAGUACGAGAGGGAGAAGGAGGAGCGUGACUUUCAGCUAAAGUGUGAGAUUGCGUUGAAGCGUAUUAAAGCGGAGGCUGUUACUGCCUGCAAAGUGGCCUUUAAAAAGAUAGAGGCUGACGCUGCGCUUAGGAUGCGGCAAUUGGAGUUGCAAUCAGCGGGUUGCAGUCCAGUUUCGUCACCUGUGGUCAGUCCACCCGAGUUUGACGUGACUCAAAACAUCCACCUUUUUCCAACUUUCCGUGAGACGGAGGUUGAGUCCUAUUUUGGUGUUUUUGAGCACAUUGCAGGGGCAUUACACUGGCCUAGGGAUAUGUGGGCAAUCCUUCUGCAGUGCAACCUAAGUGGCAGGGCGUCUGAAGCGUGUGCAUCUUUGGCAGUCUCAGACAUCUUGGACUAUGACUGCGUGAAAGGUGCUAUUUUGCGGUCCUGUGAGUCGUGGCCCAAGGCUCAUAGUGCUUAUGUUAGUCCUGCGCACGUGGUUGGAGUUUUCCCUGUAGCUGCUCGUGACCAGUCUCCAAUUGAUGGGGUGGAGUCCAUCAUGUGGAGCGACAGUGCAGGUGGAAAAGUGUGUCCCAUGAGCGUUUUGACUCAGUCUGAAAGAGGGAGGCAGAGUGACGUUGGUAAUUCUGUGCUUGCUCCUGAUUUUGCAGGUGUUGGUGCGCCCUCGUGUGGACGGACUGAUGACACCACGGUUUACAUUGAGAAGCCAGAGUUAAUCAUUUCUGUGUCCCCUCCACCCACAGAUAAGGCUGGUUUCCGUUCAGUCUGGCUGGACUUGUGUUAA